GUCAUAUUGAUAGUUGUGUUAAUGGAUUUAUUGAAGGGAAUGUUCUUAACAUAUCUCUCGCAUUGAAGGGUAGUGGUUGCAAUGUUACAAUAGAGUUUUUUCUUCCACCUUUUAUCACUUUUACUUCUGACAAUGUUCCAUCUGGAUUUUUCAAAAUAAACUCAAGUCAGACCAAGUAUUCUUUUCCUGGAUAUUUUGACACAAAUGUUGUUGUUAUAAGCAGCAUAAAAUUGUUUUUAAACAAAAGAAAAUGUCUCGGAGGUUUUCCUAUUGAAAUUCCGAUGAAAUUAAGUUAUCAAAAUAAAAUGAACGAAAUCAAAGUUGUAACAAUGGCAUAUCGAAAAAGUUUGCCUUGCUUAGAAAACUUUUCCAAAAUAUCAAAAGAUAAAAAUGCUUUGAGAGAAUAUUAUGGUCGUGGAAUACUUGUGAAUGCUGAUAACUCAUAUUUAUACAUAUGCAUGAAUCAAAACGUCCAGAGCACUAAACCAGCAUGUUAUUUUUCGAAUAUUCCUGGUGACUUUAUGAUUGAUCUUGAUGUUCGUGUUGGAUGUGUGUUAGGACAUCAUUUAAUAACUAAAGAGCUUUAUGCAAUCCAUCGAAAUCAAAAGUUGUAUUUAUAUUUUAAUACAGUUUACAAAAAAUGGCUUGGACUGACAAAUCAACAAUUCGAAAAAAUCUCUACAAAUCUUGAUAAUAAAGCAAUGAAAAAUUUUGAAAUGGAUGAAGAUCAAUUUUAUACCUUUGAUGCAAAUGAGUGGAUGGGCAACGCAGAGGGAUUGUUUUAUCGCAACAAUUCGUUAAGUUUAUGGAAGCAAAGAGUCAAGUGGAAUCAUUAAAUAUUUAAAAUUUUUAUAGUUAUC